AUGCUCAACCUUUACCCGAGGUUCUCGGCGAGCUUCCGCUCCCGCGACGGAGACGACGAGGACGUGUCCAAGCUCCGCGCCUUCUAUGGCAUCGCCGUCGCCUGCGUGGCCAUCCUCCUGUUCUGCUGCGUGCUCGCCGCCACCUCCAGCGCCCUGAAGGCCGGCUCCUUCGCCGCCACGGCCGCGCUGCUGCUCGUCGUCCUCGGCUGUCUCGCGCCCAGAGCGUUGUGGCUUCGCCGCCGCCGCCGGGCGGGCAGGACAGAGAGCCCAGUGCUCGCUCUCACUGCUGCUGCUAGAGGCGGGUGCACGUGCGACGCGCCACCGGCGUUCGCGUUCGAGUGCUCGCUGGAGGAAGGCGGAGGCAUUAGCUGUGAAGGCGAGGAGGCGGUCCCGGGCUGCGUGGUGGUGUGCCCGGUCUGCCUGGAGGGCAUCUACGGCGGCGAGAUGGUGCGGCAGCUGCCGGCGUGCAGGCAUGUCUUCCACGUCGAGUGCAUCGACAUGUGGCUGCACUCCCACAGGACGUGCCCAAUGUGCCGGUGCGUGAUCUCGCCGGCGCCGACGGUGACGGCGAAAGCCUUGGGGCCAGAGGAGGCGCUGGAGUCGUCGGAUGAGGCAUUGCCACCGGUUUAG